AUGACUAAAGCAGUCUGCGACACUGUGGGAUGGAGAUUCAAAGCCCUCAAACAUGCAGCCUUAACAAAGAUUGAUGAAACCCUGGAGAAGCUAACAUCCAAGGUACACCCAAUGACCCCAGCUAAUGCAGCAUCCACCACAUACCGCAACACAGUCACCAACCACGGACCUGCCACUCAAGAAGCUACACCAUCCCCUGCAAUCACUCAAGCCCGAGCACAGGCCGAAAUCAAGACCCCAACACGCGUGGAUCUCGUCAAACUGGCAGAUAAGACUCUCUGCGACAAAGUGAAUGAAGUCAUACGUGACCUCUGUCCCGACAAUCAAUGCACCUGCAACAUAUCUGCCGCUACCAAGCUGACGACUGGCAGCAUCCUCUAUGAGAACACAGAUGCAUUCAAAGAGCGAUUCCAUGCCCAUGCCAUCAUCCACAACCCUCAGCCAUACCCUGUUGUUGCAGAAUUUGUACCUGUCCAAUUCAACCCCAGCUGCCCUGAGGACCUAUGCGAAGUGGAAGAACUCAUUGGGUACCCAUCCAGGUCAAUCACUCAACAAAGGCUUAGUCAUCUGCCAGAAAUGGGUCAAAGCCAGACGCGACACUCCCAAGCCCACCCGAUGCGUGAAAUGCCAGUGAUAUGGUCAUAUCACUCGCAACUGCCCAUUGACAUGCGUGGAACCUGUGGCGGCAACCACAGGACAGCUACAUGCAACUCUGACGCUGGGACUGGGAAUGUCCUAUAUUCCGUCAAGAAUGCAAAUGACUCGAUGCUCGCCGGCCUGAGAAUAUGCUCCCAUACUUUGUAA